CUGGAAAAGUAAGUGCCCUGUCCACGUGCUUUUUGAAAAAGCUGCCCCCCAGCUGCUCAGGAAAGGUGUGUCACUGGCGUGACGUCACGCCCGUACCUGAGUUUCGCCACUUUCGUCGAAGUGAUUACCGAUUAACUUUGUUUGGAGGGAAUCUGCAGGAGUUUUGGGGGAUUUGCUGAGGAAACAGUCGGUUUUAUCAUCAGCUGCUGGUCAGCAGGCCGACGAGGAAAUACUUCUCCGACUUCCUGGUUUACCACAGUCAGGAUGUCGGUCACCCCUCGACGUGUCCGGCUGAAGCCCUGGCUGGUCUCUCAGGUGGACAGCGGACGGUACCCGGGUCUGGUGUGGAUGGACCGUGAAGCCAUGCGCUUCAGGAUUCCGUGGAAACACGCUACGCGACACACACCCCAGCACGAGGACGAGGACACCAUAUUUAAGGCGUGGGCUGUGGAGACCGGGAAGUUCCAAGAAGGAGUUGAUGAACCUGAUCCUGCAAAGUGGAAAGCUCAGCUUCGCUGUGCCCUGAACAAAAGCAGAGAGUUCAACCUGGUCUAUGAUGGCACCAAAGAGGUCCCCAUUAAUCCUUUGAAGAUCUAUGAUGUCUGUGACAUCCCACAGCCCCUCAGUAACCAAGUUUCUCACCCCACAGGCUCCUCAGACGCUGGCUCCUGGACUCCGCAUGAUGAAGAUGGUGGUGAGGAAGAUGUUCCAGAUACACCAGAGUCUCUCCCUCCAUACCCAUCCAAUGGCACCAGUCCCUCUCCUCUCAUUAUGUGGUCUCCUAUGAGCUCAGAGUCCUCCAUGCAGCCUCCCAGUUGCCCUCCUUCAAAUGAGGUCUGGCCCAAAGAGGAGCCUGUUAAAAUCUGGCCUAAAGAGGAGCCUGUGGAUGUGGAGAUGCACCCCUCACCUCUGGCUGACAUGCCUCCUGCUCCUCUGCCUGAUCACGCAAUGCAGCCCCCUCCUCUACCUGACGUACUGUUUGCCUCUCCAGAAACAUGGAUCAGUUCCCUCCCGAUGACGGACCUGGAGGUGCAGUUCCAGUACAGAGGGAAGGAGAUGUGUCCCACAAUGACCGUCAGUAACCCGCAGGGCUGCAGGCUGUUCUACGGAGACCUCGGCCCUAUGGUCAACCAGGAGGAGCUGUUCGGGCCAGUGAACCUGGAACAGCUACGCUUUCCGACCACAGAGCAUAUUACCAAUGACAAGCAGAGGAUUUUCACUAGCCGCCUGCUGGAUGUGAUGGACAGAGGCCUAAUCCUGGAGAUCAGCGGCCACGAUAUCUAUGCAGUCCGUCUCUGCCAGUGUAAGGUGUACUGGUCUGGUCCCUGUGCUCCAAAUCCAGCUGCACCAAAUCUUAUAGAGCGUCAGAGGAAGGUCAAACUCUUUUGCCUGGAGUCUUUUCUCAGUGGGGUGAUAGCCCACCAGCGCGGCCAGACGCCAAUCCCUCCUUCGUUUGAAAUCAACCUGUGUUUUGGAGAGGAGUGGCCUGAUGGAAGGCCCAGGGAGAGGAAACUCAUCAUGGUGCAGAUCAUUCCAGUGGUGGCACGUAUGCUAAGCGAGAUGUUUUCCGGAGACAACACACGAUCCUUCGACAGCGGCAGCGUUCGCCUGCAGAUUUCAAUCCCAGAUAUCAAGGACAACAUAGUGACCCACCUAAAGCAGCUCUACUGCCUACUACAGACCCACCAGGGCCAGGACGGCUGGGCAUUGCCCCCUGGCUCAGGCCUGAACAUCGCCCAGGCUCUGCAGACACAGUGAAGCAGCCCACACUGCGAAUUAUAUCAUAUAUCACUGUAUGUUUCACACUGCUACUGAGAGUUACCUACUGUUAGCAAAGAAGUACUUAUGUGUAAUCAUAUUUAGAAGUGUGCACAAUAUACUGUAGAAUUCAUAUGCUUUUCUCUGGUAUAAAUGUGCAGUGACAAUGCUUUUCUGUAUAUAGAAGUAGUGACUUCAAGCCUGCAUUACUCUGCAUUAUGUGUGCAUGGACUGUAGACAGAUGUGGUGACUGCAUGGGCCAAAGUCCUGCUAGCUGCAAGAGAACAUUUAACAUGGUUAAUGAGUUACAGAAAUUGCCCUGUGCCUUAGUUAUCCAAAACAGAUCAUGUGACAGUGAUUACCAAACUUUCCUAGAGUCAAGAAAAAGGGCAGAAUGAUUUUUAUCUUUUGACCUCCAUAUAAAAUGUCAUCUAGCAUGGGAUUUGUAUAUUUUGGAUAGCAUACAGGCAAAUGUGAAUGAACGCAUGGAUGGUUGGUUUCUUUUUCCAUUCAUUUAUGACUAAAUAGUCAAGCUGUUUGAGAUCCCAUUAUCCUGCAAGCACAAUUUCUUAACAUAUGUUUGACCAAAAAUCUUCCCGUUUGACAGAAGUAUCAGUUUUCUGGUCACCCGGCCUGCAGUUUGUCUUAAGUUGUUUUUAUUUUUCCAUUUAUAUUGUAGGAUAUUUUUGUAUUCAUAUCUUUGAUUUUAAGCCAUUUAUUGUAUCCAGGCAGCCAUUUAACUACACAUUCAGCUAUAUGGAUCUGUUAAUAUGGAUGCCACUGCACUUUGGGGUGCUGAAUUAUGUUUUAGAUGAAUGUCAGUGCAUUUAUCCUGUGAUUGUAUAGUUUAUCAAUAAAAAAAUGCUAAAAUAA